AUGCAAGCAACAUUCCGACGCAGAGAACUUGUAACUGAUGGCAAUUAUGAUGAUGAAGUUGCGGAGAUUAUGACGGAGGAAUUCAACGACAGCUUGCGCUCUUCUCGUUUGUAUCUUCGAACCUCUAAAAGUGCCGACAUUCCCCACUUGCGAGCCUGUGCGAUGUUGGAGCUCGAAGCAGGCUGCAUAGACGAGGCGCGUGUGAUCCUACGAGAACUGUUCAAGUCCAAUCCUCUCCACACUGGGAUUCUCGCCGAUCUUUGCAUGUUGGAAAAGACUGCAGGCGAUUUCAAAUCCAUGCUGAAGUACCAGCGCGCUCUUCAGCGAAUUCGCAAUCGAAAAUCCGCUCUGCGCAAGAAGCCACAAUCCCCUUCGUCAUCUUUUAAUGCACGUCCCACACGUCUAUUCGACGAACGCGAUGAUGACAACAACGAUAACGAAGACGAAGACGAUGAGAAUGAGAGGGAGCAGACAGAAGAAGCUCCGGUGCAAUUCGACGAGUUGCUGUUUUUGGACCCGCGAGAACAGCGAGCAGUGAUGCGUGACCAAUUCUCCCAAGCGGUCAAACUCGCUCCGAACAAACUGGACGUGAUUCUGAGCUGGGCACGUCGCGAAUUGGACGAUGGAUAUAUCGAGAAGGCCAUCCUGAUUCUGCAGCAUGCGAUUCAGGCGCGCAGUUCGCUCCCCGGUACCGGAUUUCUCCAGCUCGAGCUCGCGAAGUACUACUAUUUCCUCAACGACAUCCCAAACUCGGCUGCAGCGAUGAAGCAGGCCUUGCAGGACGCUUCGGCGCAGCCCCAAGCGGUGAAGAUGCUCGCCGAACUCACCGAACUCACCGACAGCCAAUCGUCCGCGUUGGAGCUGCUUCAAGCAGCCGUCGACCAGCCGAACAGCGAUUCGCAGACGUGGAACUAUUACUUGCAAUACCUGCGAGACCACCAGCUGCUCGAUUUGUACCAGCAACUCGCGCAGGAAGCCGCUGCGAAAUUCCCGGAAGAGCGCGUGAUUUCGGCUCAUCUCGUGGAAUCCUUGCUUCGCAACAAGGAAUACGACAAAGCUCUCGCUGCGAUUCAGGAGCAGAUCGCGAAGAAGCCCGAUUCUGUGCUCACCUACCAGUAUUUGCUGUCUGCGUGCGAAGGCCACGCAGAUCCUCGUGUGUUGAACUACAUUUAUGCAGAGGGCGUGAAGCGAAUUCCCACGAACGCGAUGCUGUUCAUGCAAUAUGCGGAGUUUUUGGAGGAGAUGAACGAGUUUGAGCUCUCCAAAGAAAUGUUCCGGCGCGCAUACGAGAUUACGCCGACGGAUGAUCUCGCUCGGUCGGUGAUUCGCAUGAGUAUUGAGUGUGGAGACUACGAAGAGGCGAGCACGUUACUCGACGUUCUAAUCGGUAGAUGGGUGGAUGGAUCGUAA